AUGAACAUUGAGCCAUCUGUGGAACAUAUUUGGAUCGAGAUUAAGGGUAAAAAUAAAAACAGUACUGUAUUGCUUGGAGUUUUCUAUCAGCCAGAUUUUGAUCUUUCAAAAAAAACUGUUUGGAUUGAAAAGUUUGAAUCAGUUCUAGCUGCAGUUCACUUGAAAUGGGACGGUAUUAUGAUAAUUGCUGGUGAUAGUAAUAUCGACUUGUGUAGCUCUUCAAAUAUAGGAGAAAAAUAUCAGGCAGUUUUACACGCAUUCAAUCUCACCCAGCAUGUCACAGCACCAACUCGUAAAGGAAAAUGUCUCGUUGAUCAUAUCAUAACAAAUAUUCCACAAAAUGUUAUAGCAACGGAUGUUUUAGCUACACCGGAAAUUAGUGAUCACGAUAUGCCGUAUCUUAUUGUAAACGUGAGAUCAAACAGAUUCGAACCAAGAUUUAAAUAUAUUCGCUCGGAGAGAUUAUUUAGUCCAGAAGCAUUUCUACAAGAUAUUAGUGAACUGCCAUUUUCAACCGUGUACGCUGUUGACGACAUAGAUGACAAAAACGAUAUAUUUAAUGAAUUACUACGUAGCUGUAUUGAUCGACACGCCCCUUUAGUGCGUUGUAAGUUAACCCGUCCUCCCGCUCCUUGGCUUCAAGAUGUCGACAUCCAAAAUCUGCAAAAACGUCGGGAUGCUCUGAGGUUUAUUGCCCAUCAAACGCAGUUAGAGUCAGACUGGUCAAUUUAUCGCUCUGUUCGGAAUAAGAUUAAAUCGGCUAUUAAGACAGCAAAACAUAAUUUCUAUAGGAAAGCUCUCUCAUCUAAACGCUUAAAAAACGUAUGGUCAGUAAUUCAUAAAAUACUUAACCCAAAUCCCAAACGAAUAAGAUCAGAUCCAGCGGAGCUUAAUAACUUCUUCGUGUCUACAACCCAACGCAUUUUUGGAGUAGACUCUGGUCCAGGAUCGGACAUUGUUACCUAUUUAGAGUCUCUACCCCAAGAUAGAAGUGAUAAUGGCUUUAAGUUGAAACCAGUAACCUUCAACGAUGUUUGUCAGCAACUGAAUAUCAUCCGAAAUGACUGUUCCACUGGCUAUGAUCAUUUACCAAUUAAAUAUUUAAAGCUGACUUCGCAACACAUUCUUUCUCCAUUGACCCAUAUUGUAAACGCUCAUAUCGCAGAUGUCGAAAGUCCUCAUGGAAAGUAG